AUGUCCGAUGAAAAACACAAGUCUGAACUAACCUCACUUGUUGAAGAACUAAUGGCUGAUAUUGAUUCUAAACCACUACAACCCAAAAAUAAAAUCCUCCUCUACAGUCGGUAUGUUUUGUCGAAACUAUCGUGGCAUUUUACCGUUACUGGUCUAUCGAAAACCUGGGUCAUUGAAAAUAUUGAUUCCAACGUGAACAGUUAUAUUCGUAAAUGGCUUGAUAUACCUAUAUCCGGAACGCUGAGCACUGUCUUCCUAACCCGAAACAAAUUUGGUCUCAAUAUUUGCCCUCCAUCUAUAAAAUUCAUCCAAUGCCAAACUGUUCUCCGUAAAGCUCUAAAAAUAUCUCCAAACCUAUUAACGAACUUUGGAAGUCAACCAGUAACAGCAAAAAUAUCCAGUACAUCUAUCACUCGACCAAGCAAGUUCUUAAGGAUUUUCGCUCUGGACAAGAGGAUGGACUGCGUAACCAACUAA